AUGACCACACUUCCUAUUCGUGCCGCUGGCGGCAGCCAGUCGUCCAGCAUUUCCGAUGUUGUCUCUCCAACACCGUUCUCGGAGUCGGUGCUGGCAAAGAUCAUGUUCGCUUACAGGCAUUCGCCGUCUCAAGAUGGCCAACACUUUACUGAUGAGGCGUCGUUCUUGUCUUAUAUGGCAUCGGACAAGUCAAGCGCCAUGGCUGACCUCAAGUCGAAUGACUUAAGCUUCCCGCUCUCCUCCUAUUAUAUCAGCUCGAGUCACAAUACAUAUCUUUCCGGCCACCAGCUAUACGGCGACGCAAGUGUCGAUGCGUACAAGAACGUCCUGAAACGGGGGUGCAGGUGUCUAGAAAUAGACGUGUGGGACGGUGACAGCGAUUCGGAGACGAGCAGCUCGGAUGCUGAAGAAGAGCAAGGCGGCAGACAUGGACGGCCAAGAUCAGACUCCAAACCAUCACGAUGGAACAGAGUGAAGGCUCGUGCAGCAAGGAUGCGAUCUCGCUCCCCGUCUGGAUCUCUGUUGAACAACAGCCAGCCUCGAGAUCUGGGUCCUUUCCACAACUUGAAUGCCAAUGGUCAGAACAGGACUGAUGCUGCAUCUGGGCAAUCCGAAAAGUCAAUUCAGAGCCCGGGUUACCUGCAUCCCCCACAACCACCCUCUGUCUCCUGGAGGAGCGAGCCACAAGUUCUCCACGGCUACACUCUGACACAGCCAGUCUCAUUCCGCUCCGUGUGUCAGUCUAUCAAGGACUCGGCAUUUCUGUCUACUGACCUUCCUAUAAUCGUCUCGCUCGAAGUUCAUGCCUGCCUUACUCAGCAGGAGAUGAUGGUGGAUAUUAUGCGGGACAUCUGGUCGGGAUUACUAGUAGACAUCAGCACAGAGAAAGACAUCUCGGUCCUCCCAUCGCCAGAAUCGUUGAAGCGGAAAAUUCUGAUCAAAGUCAAGUGGACGACAGACCCGGACACUGGCGAAUCUAACAACCCCGUUGACCAGGUUGUAUCCAACCCUACCAGCAGGAGCACAGAAGACGGAACAGCCAGUUCAAUAGACAAGAGAGAGAAGGCCUCUAAGGUCCUCAAAGCCCUUUCUGAACUAGGUGUCUACACUCGGGCAUAUAGUUUCAAGCACUUCGCGCAACCGGAAGCGUCCAUCCCUACCCAUGUCUUCAGCUUGUCUGAAAGCAAGGUGCACUCCAUGCAUUCAGACCCCCUGCACGGCCCGGCCUUGUUUGGCCACAACAAGAAGUAUUUGAUGAGAGUCUUCCCUAAAGGAUCACGAAUAACCAGCUCGAACGUCGAUCCAACCUUCCAUUGGCGACAGGGGGCGCAGAUGGUGGCCUUGAACUGGCAGAAGCUCGACAAAGGCAUGAUGCUGAACGAGGGCAUGUUCACCGGUACGAACGGAUGGAUAUUGAAGCCCGAGGGAUACCGUUGUAAUGAGGAGCCCCCGUUGGGAAGCGAUACCUCUGCCGUUGCACCCAAAAGGCAAUGUCUCAACCUCGAGAUCCGCCUCCUCGCAGCGCAGAGGCUACCUUUACCGCCUGACAAAGACGCGUCCUAUCUCACCAGGAUGAAACCGUACAUCAAAAUCCAGCUGCACGUGGACACACAUGGCCCUCCUGGGCAGGGCAAGAACGUGAGUGGGACGAACCCAACUCAAGUCAACACCGAUACAGGUAGCGGUGAAGAAGUCGACGACAAAUACUAUAAGCGGCGGUCAGCAACAUCGAGAAGUGACUGUCCUGUUUUCGGCCACGAACGAAUGAGGUGGUUGAACGUCUCAGAAGUUGUCGAGGAGUUGAGCUUUGUGAGGUACGUGAUUUUCCUGGUCACCUGGCCAGCGACGAUUCCCUUUUGUUGCGAGAACAAGAAGCUCUCCAUCUACCCCAGCCUUCUGAUUGUUGGAUUCGAUAUCCCCCGCUCCUCAGGCCAUCCGAAGCUUGCCUGA